UCAUCCCAGCUUUCAGAUAAGUUGCGGGGGCUGCCGCAAUGAUCAUAACUCAAAAACUACCAAUCUGUCAAUAAAGCCAUAUUCCUUACCUCUACUUGUAAAAAUCAUUCAUUCACGUGUUUCUUGCAAUUUUUUUGUCUGUUUUAGGAAAUGUCAUCAAGUUCCCACAUGAACACAUUGAUUAAAGCUUCAAGAAUGAGCGAGAGAUGAAUCAUCAAGUAUAAGAGGCCAUGAGAUAGCUCUCCUUAGCUGCGAGAACCUUUGAGCAGAAACUGAGGAAGAUACAAAUCUGACAGAAGAAAGAAAUGUUGGAGCUAAUUGGGGGUUUGUCUAUUGAUUUGAAAGGCAUUGAAGUUGUAUUAGCUACGAAAUGGAAGCAGAUAAGAAUGAUUAUAGUGGCGCCAUUGUUGAGAGUUGCAGUGUUAAUUUGCUUGGUAAUGACUCUGAUGAUUUUUGUGGAGAAGUUGCUUGUGGCAUUCAUUUGUCUUGUUGUCAAGGUGUUUAAAUUGAAGCCUGAGAAGCGUUAUAAAUGGAAGCCAAUGAGUCCUGAAACUUCAGAUCUAGAGAGUGGCGUUCAGUCCUAUCCAAUGGUGCUUGUACAGAUCCCAAUGUACAAUGAGAAAGAGGUGUACAAGCUUUCAAUAGGGGCAGCAUGCAAUUUGGAUUGGCCAGCUGACAGAAUGAUCAUUCAAGUGCUGGAUGACUCCACUGAUCCAGUUGUAAAGGAUUUGGUGGAGAAAGAAUGUAAAAUAUGGAAGAGCAAAGGCUUGAACAUAAGGUAUGAGGUCAGAAAUAAUAGGAAAGGGUACAAAGCCGGUGCUCUGAAAGAAGGAAUGACGCAUUAUUAUGUGAAAGAUUGUGACUAUGUUGCAAUGUUUGAUGCUGAUUUUCAACCAGAAUCCGAUUUCUUGAAACGAACAGUUCCGUUUCUCAUUCAUAAUCCGCAGAUUGCUCUUGUUCAAACUCGAUGGACAUUUGUGAAUGCUGAUGAAUGCUUGAUGACAAGAAUGCAAGAGAUGUCAUUAGAUUAUCACUUCAAGAUUGAGCAAGAAGCUGGGUCAUCUGCAUUUGCCUUCUUCGGUUUUAAUGGAACUGCUGGGGUUUGGCGCAUAUCGACCAUUGCUGAUGCUGGAGGAUGGAAGGAUAGAACAACGGUUGAAGACAUGGAUUUAGCUGUUCGUUCAGGUCUUGCUGGUUGGAAGUUUGUGUAUGUUGGUGAUGUCAAGGUAAAAUGUGAAUUGCCAAGUACUUUCAAGGCCUACAGGUAUCAACAACAUCGAUGGUCUUGUGGGCCUGCAAAUCUUUUCAAGAAGAUGAUAUUGGAGAUAAUAGCUAACAAGAAGGUUUCAACAUGGGAAAAGAUCCACCUAAUUUAUAACUUCUUCUUCGUUGGAAAGGUUGUUGCUCAUGCAUCCACCUAUAUAUUCUACUGUGUUAUGAUUCCCCUCUCUGUUCUGAUUCCUGAGGUUGAGCUUCCAUUGUGGGGGGUUGCAUAUGUCCCACUAAUUAUUACACUUCUUAAAUCAGUAGGAACUCCAAGCUCUUUACACCUCAUAAUCCCUUGGGUGCUCUUUGAAAAUGUAAUGUCCUUGCAUCGAAUUAAGGCAGCUACUAUUGGUCUUUUAGAGGUUGGUCGAGUUAAUGAAUGGAUUGUUACAACAAAGUUGGGUGAUGCUAGCAAGACAAAGCCAAAUAUGGAAGUGGUAGUUAACAAUGCAAAAGAUUUAGGAGAAGCCAAAGUGGUAGAGCCGCUGCUUGGUGUAUACAAGAAGCCUCAAGUUAGGAUUUGGCAAAGAUUUCAUAUGGCUGAGCUAUGGAUGGGUGUCUUCAUGUUUAUAGCAGGAUUCUAUGAUAUUACCUGCACCAAAAAAGGAUACUUCUUUUACCUCUUCCUACAAUCAUCUGCAUUCUUUAUUAUUGGUUUCAAUUUCAUUGGAACAUCCAUUAACAUUUCUUGAAGACACUAGUUUACUAGUGUUCACAUGUUAUAAAUUAGAGAUGGAUUUUUUUUUUUUUUUUUGUGUGUGCUCAAUGUGGAGAAUUCAAAGAAGGGCAAUGUUUGCUCUAUUAUUAAGAAUUGUAGUAGAAGAAAUAAUGAGUUGAUUAUUUUAUGAUUUGAAGGAAAUAAGAAAACGGAUCCUUCACAAAUGUUGAUAUCAAUGCUUGUAAUUCCUCAAAGAUGUAUGCAUGUAUAACGAGAUUCAAAUAAAUAAAUUACUAUAUUCUUAGCGUUAUAA